AACAAACAAACAAACAAGAACAGAAACACCAUUCCACCUCGGCAUAUAAAUCGAGACCUCAACGAAAACCUCUCUGUUUUCUCUACUCUUCACUCCCAAAAAAGAAAAACUUCUCCCCUUUCAACAUGUCCGGUUACCCAAAUCAACCUCCUAAUUACGGUUACGGCUACAGCGCACCCCCACCAUCCCAACCCUACGGUGCACCGCCACCAUCUCACUCCCACGGCGCUCCUCCCCCAUCUCAGUCCUACGGUGCGCCUCCCUCACAAUCCCACGGCGCACAUGCACCACCCCAGUCCUAUGGCGCACCUCCACCAUCUCAGCCCUACGGCGCGCCUCCAUCCGGUCAGUCAUAUUCCGCCAGCUCCUACGGGCAACCCUCCGCUCCUUACGCCGCCCCUUAUCAAAAACCCCCCAAGGACGAAUCCCACUCCAGUGGCAGCGGUGCCUACCCACCGCCGGCAUACGGGAGCCCUUUCGCGGCGCUUGUACCGUCGACAUUCCCUCCUGGAACCGAUCCCAGUAUCGUUUCAUGCUUCCAGGUGGCGGAUCAGGAUGGAAGCGGUUUAAUUGAUGAUAAGGAAUUGCAGAGGGCUCUGUCUUCUUACAAUCAGAGCUUCAGCUUGAGAACUGUACACCUCCUCAUGUAUCACUUCACCAACACCAGUGUCAAGAAGAUAGGACCCAAGGAAUUCACUUCUCUAUUUUACAGUCUUCAAAGCUGGAGGGGAAUAUUUGAGAGAUUUGAUCAGGACAGGAGUGGAAAAAUCGAUUCAAAUGAGUUGCGAGAUGCACUGUUAAGUUUAGGUUAUGCUGUUUCUCCUGUGGUAUUGGACUUGCUCGUCUCCAAGUUUGACAAAACUGGUGGGAAAAGCAAGGCUAUUGAAUAUGACAAUUUCAUUGAGUGUUGUCUUACUGUGAAGGGACUAACCGACAAAUUCAAGGAGAAGGAUACUGGGUAUACUGGCUCUGCAACAUUUUCCUAUGAGUCCUUUAUGCUGACUGUUCUGCCAUUCCUCAUAGCUUAGGAUAGUAAUGAUGCAUGUAAGUCAGUUAACUAUGUAGAUUUCUUGGAGCUGUAAUUUGGUUUGGAGAUGUGUGUGGUCGAAAUACUCUGGCCAGCUUUUAAUAUGCUCUUGUUCCUUGUGUCUAGUUUAUAUUAUUAAGUAAAAAACAAAUCCUAAGAUACUGUGUUUAAGCUUGUUGUUAUAACCUUCUUCGGGUACUGUAUGAGAAUGAGUUUCCUUGUUCAGCCUCUCUCUA